UUUUCAUCAUUUUAUAAAAAUUUCUAGAAAUGAACUUUUUCACAGAUAUUUAUUCAAGUUUUUCUAAAUUAUUUAGCCCAAAGGAACUUCCAGAAGAACAUGAAUAUGCCAAUGUAUUUUUCCCGUAACUUAAUUUUUAGUCGGCCGAGGAUAAUUGCUUUCGGAAAUGUAUUAUUGGAUUUUACACUUAAAGUGAAAUGUCAAGAUGCACUUGAUCCUUUUGGAUUAACACUAGGUAAGAAAGGAGAAGUUUCCAGUGAACUUUUGAACCGAAUGUCACAAAAAUUUAAUUUAAAAAAUGGACACCCCGGUGGAAGUGCAUUAAACACAAUUAGAAUAUUACGAAAAAUUGGUGACGCUAGCUGUAUGUUUUUUGGAGCUAUUGGUGAUGAUGAAAACGGAAAAACCUUGAAACAAAUUUUAAAAAAGAAAGGAAUUAAUGCAAACCUUGAAAUCAUCCCAACAAAAUCUACUGGACAAUGCAUUUGUUUUGUUCACAAGGAUCAAACAGGUUUAUUCGCAAAUGUUGGUGCUUCAAAUGAUUUCACUGUUGACUAUUUAAAAGCUUAUGAUCAAGACGCUUUUCGAAAAGACUAUCUAGAUCCACAAAUAUUUUAUAUUGAAGGAUUUUUCUUGCCACAUAGAUAUUCAGUUUGUGAAUUUAUUAUUAAAGAAUAUAUAUCUGAAGCAGAAAGCUUAUUAGCCUUUAAUUUAAAUGCUCCAUAUAUAGUUAAGGAAAACUUCGAAAUGGUUAAAACUAUGAUAGAAAGCUCAACAUUAAUAUUUGGAAAUAAAGCUGAAUAUAUGGCUUUGGCUACAUUAUUAAAAUUCGAUACACUAUUAGAACUAACACAUUUAUAUUGUUCACGAUAUAAGAAAAUUUUUGUUGUAACAAAUGGUGCUGAUAGCGUUGAACUAUAUACAAAUUAUGAUAAUGUUGGAUUUUAUAAAAUGGAAUACGAAAUACCAUUUAGUAGUAAUCAAGAUGAAAUUAAAGAUACAACUGGAGCUGGUGAUGCAUUCGUUGCAGGUUUUUUAAAUUCAUUUAUAGCGAAAAAAGAUUUAGUUGAAUGCAUUAUUGAUGGUUGCACAAUAGCAAAUAAAGUUAUAAAACAUAUCGGUUGUGAAAUACCGUGAUAUAAUUUUUAAUAUUAAUUAUGUGUUUCUAAAAUUUGUUUUCUUAUUUUCUCGUAAGUUUCAGAAUUUAAGUUGCCUAUUUUAAAGGUCUUCUCAAUUUUCUAU